AGAGCCCAGAUGGCCCGCGACCUAGGCCCCGCCCCGCGCCCCUCCCAGGUUACAUCACAGAGCCCACAGGCCCCACCCGCUAGUGGCCCGGUCCGCGUGUGCGCCGACUCUCGCACUCUCCUCGCUCCGGGCGCCCAGACUCUGAGAGAGAGCGACGGCCAUCAUAGAACAGCGAAGGCAGUCGAUCGGCCUGCGGUCCGCUUCGGCAUUCGCAGGCCGCAGGCGGGAGGCUACAGCCCCCAGGCGCACCUCGCCCCAACCGCCCGCGGCUCGGGCAGCUCUGCAGAGAGGUCGUGGCGGCAGGGCCAGCACCCAUUGGUCCGCCACAGCCCUCCGCCCUCCCCCUCGCCACGCUUAUUGGCCGGAGCGGCGGCGCUCGCCGGGUAGGCGGUGGCGGCGUCCCUCCCUUGCGCCGGCCCUCAAGAGGCGACGAGGAAGCGGCCGCCUCCCUGCGCCCCGCCCCUCCGGCUAGCUCGCUGGCUCCCGGCUCCUCCCGACGUCUCCUAGCUCCUCACGGCUCUUCCCGGCGCUCUCCUGGCUCCCUUCUGCUCCAGCUCCGUCUCGGCGGCGGCGGGCAGUUGCAGUGGUGCAGAAUGGCUGACCUCAGUCUUGCAGAUGCAUUAACAGAGCCAUCUCCAGACAUUGAGGGAGAGAUAAAGCGGGACUUCAUUGCCACACUAGAGGCAGAGGCCUUUGAUGAUGUUGUGGGAGAAACUGUUGGAAAAACAGACUAUAUUCCUCUCCUGGAUGUUGAUGAGAAAACCGGGAACUCAGAGUCAAAGAAGAAACCGUGCUCAGAAACUAGCCAGAUUGAAGAUACUCCAUCUUCUAAACCAACACUCCUAGCCAAUGGUGGUCAUGGAGUAGAAGGGAGCGAUACUACAGGGUCUCCAACUGAAUUCCUUGAAGAGAAAAUGGCCUACCAGGAAUACCCAAAUAGCCAGAACUGGCCAGAAGAUACCAACUUUUGUUUCCAACCUGAGCAAGUGGUCAAUCCUAUCCAGACUGAUCCCUUUAAGAUGUACCAUGAUGAUGACUUGGCAGAUUUGGUCUUUCCCUCCAGUGCGACAGCUGAUACUUCAAUAUUUGCAGGACAAAAUGAUCCCUUGAAAGACAGUUAUGGUAUGUCUCCCUGCAACACAGCUGUUGUACCUCAGGGGUGGUCUGUGGAAGCCUUAAACUCUCCACACUCAGAGUCCUUUGUUUCCCCAGAGGCUGUUGCAGAACCUCCUCAGCCAACGGCAGUUCCCUUAGAGCUAGCCAAGGAGAUAGAAAUGGCAUCAGAAGAGAGGCCACCAGCACAAACAUUGGAAAUAAUGAUGGGACUGAAGACUACUGACAUGGCACCAUCUAAAGAAACAGACAUGGCCCUCGCCAAGGACAUGGCACUAGCUACAAAAACCGAGGUGGCAUUGGCUAAAGAUAUAGAAUCACCCACCAAAUUAGAUGUGACACUGGCCAAGGACAUGCAGCCAUCCAUGGAAUCAGAUAUGGCCCUAGUCAAGGACAUGGAACUACCCACAGAAAAAGAAGUGGCCCUGGUUAAGGAUGUCAGAUGGCCCACAGAAACAGAUGUAUCUUCAGCCAAGAAUGUGGUACUGCCCACAGAAACAGAGGUAGCCCCAGCCAAGGAUGUGACACUGUUGAAAGAAACAGAGAGGGCAUCUCCUAUAAAAAUGGACUUAGCCCCUUCCAAGGACAUGGGACCACCCAAAGAAAACAAGAAAGAAACAGAGAGGGCAUCUCCUAUAAAAAUGGACUUGGCUCCUUCCAAGGACAUGGGACCACCCAAAGAAAACAAGAUAGUCCCAGCCAAGGAUUUGGUAUUACUCUCAGAAAUAGAGGUGGCACAGGCUAACGACAUUAUAUCAUCCACAGAAAUAUCCUCUGCUGAGAAGGUGGCUUUGUCCUCAGAAACAGAGGUAGCCCUGGCCAGGGACAUGACACUGCCCCCGGAAACCAACGUGAUUUUGACCAAGGAUAAAGCACUACCUUUAGAAAUAGAGGUGGCCCCAGUCAAGGACAUGGCUCAACUCCCAGAAACAGAAAUAGCCCCGGCCAAGGAUGUGGCUCCGUCCACAGUAAAAGAAGUGGGCUUGUUGAAGGACAUGUCUCCACUAUCAGAAACAGAAAUGGCUCUGGGCAAGGAUGUGACUCCACCUCCAGAAACAGAAGUAGUUCUCAUCAAGAAUGUAUGUCUGCCUCCAGAAAUGGAGGUGGCCCUGACUGAGGAUCAGGUCCCAGCCCUCAAAACAGAAGCACCCCUGGCUAAGGAUGGGGUUCUGACCCUGGCCAACAAUGUGACUCCAGCCAAAGAUGUUCCACCACUCUCAGAAACAGAGGCAACACCAGUUCCAAUUAAAGACAUGGAAAUUGCACAAACACAAAAAGGAAUAAGUGAGGAUUCCCAUUUAGAAUCUCUGCAGGAUGUGGGGCAGUCAGCUGCACCUACUUUCAUGAUUUCACCAGAAACCGUCACAGGAACGGGGAAAAAGUGCAGCUUGCCGGCCGAUGAGGAUUCUGUGUUAGAAAAACUAGGGGAAAGGAAACCAUGCAACAGUCAACCUUCUGAGCUUUCUUCAGAGACCUCAGCCAACUUCAUGUAUUGCGGUACCCCUCCCACACAAGCCAAACAAGUUUGCAGACCCAGUGACCGCAGGUCAGCCCGGCCCAAGCCUGCCAGGGUCCCUCCUGAGCUGCUGGGAGGCUCUCCUCCAUGGAAGACUCUUGAUCACAGGCUGGGCCACUGCUCUUUGUCUGAGUCAGGUUGGGUCUCUGGUUCAUCCUCCUGUGGUGGGCCUGGGAACCAAAGAAAAAGUAUUCAUGUUGACUCACUUGAACCCCAGAGGGAUCUUGGCAGGGAGGCCUGGGAUAUAGAAAGCACACCAAUAAUGAUGAAGAAAAGGAAGAAGAAACCAAAGCAAAAGAGAUAUUCUCAACCACGGGCUGGAGGACCUUCGGAUGAUGACAAUGCAGAUAAGCCUAAAGGUCAUCCAUUUGCAGCUGACACACAAAAAUCAGGUGUUCUCCCCAGCCAGCCUACCACUAUGGGUACAGAAUAUGGACUUGUAUCUGGAGAAAACUUGAAAAGGGAAUGUGUAGUUAACUCCAGUGCAGCCAGACUGGUAGCUGAGAACUUUGUCUCAGAGAGUCUCAGAAUUCCUUUAUAUCCUUCUGAAGAAGCCCCCAAAACUGCAAUAAGUUCUCAGUCUAAGCUGAGAGUAGAGGAAGAGAGCAAAAGUAACAAGUCAGUACUACAAAACCAAGACAAGAAAUUGCUGAAGCAACAUGAAUACAAACCACAGCCUGCACCCCACCUGAAGACUCCUGUAGAUAAAAGCCAGUCAGUAGGCCCUCUCAAUCUGAAAGGACCCCUAGCAGAAGUUUCUGCAUACAAUGUAGAAACCCCUUUGGAUAUCAGACUUAAAGAGGGUUGCUCUCCUUUCUUGGACCAAGAGGUUAUGGGUGUAGUUUCAAAACCCACAGCAGCAAAAGAAAUACCAAAUUUGGUACCCACUUUGAUAGCAAGUAAUCCAUUAGAAUGUAAUCUAAAAGAAGGGAAUAAUGAAAGUAAAAUGACUAAACUGCAAAAUGUCAAACUGAAGGAGUUUCCUGAAGGAGCUGAAGAGGAUAAAGAACUAAAAAAGGAAGCUUUUCCCAACGAAAGACAAGAGAUCAGCAUCUUUACUUCUGAGCAGCUGCAGGGCCAAGUGUUGGUACAGGUCCCUGGGGUAGAGAAUGAACCAUUUAAGAGAAUGGCAGGUGAUGGCAAAAGCAGGAAGGGAAGGGGAAGUUCUGGGAAAAUGAGAACAGAUUCUGGGAAGGUAAAAGCAAAAUCUGAGCUGCCAUUUCUUCUGGACAGCCAGAAGGACGGAAGGGCUGUUCUCAUACCGAGUGAGCCAGUCUCUAAAACUGAAGGAAUGACUACUCAGGAUAAGAGUGAGGAGCUGGAGCUGAAUUCUUCAAAGCAACCAGGCACUAAGGCUGAUCUCACGGAGGCAGUGGCGAUGGGGGAGCCUAAAGAGAUGACUCAGCCUAAGGUGGCAGGCACCAUGCAGGCAUUGAUUCCUUUGGAAAGUGGAUCAGGCAUGACUCAGACUUCUGGUGUUAGCACAGAAACAGGAGAUGUAGUCAAAGAUAUGGGUGUCAGUAACCAGAGCAAGGAAGGAAGGUGUCCAUGGAAGGAUCAUGAGGCAGCUCCCUGGAUUUCUGAAAAGCCUAAAAAGAGAGGCAAUGAAGGCAAAAGCAAAAAGUUUAAAAAUAAUUAUUCCACACAGCCUGCUAGAAUGGAGAGGAAGGAAGAAAUCCUUAACCCACCUUUUGAAGGGAAGGAUGGAGAUGCUGGUAGUAUUCCCCAUAAAAGCAAGGAAAUAGGAUUUACUUUCCCCAAAAUGCAUGAUUCUUCGUUCUCACAUACACCAGAUACACCCACAGUGGAAGCAGUUGACAGGAAGGGUGGAAAUUUUCAGGUUAAUUUUGUUGAGCUUGGGACUCUUGGGGAAAACAAGAUAAGCACAGUCAAGGCUUCUACUGUUACUGAACCACCUGCCAAGGUGACAGAUGUGAGCUGCCAAGAGCAAAUCCAGGGGGCAGGAUUUGUUCCUUCAGUAGUAUCUGAGGAGAAUAAGACAGAUGCAGCCAAUAGAUACACUGCAGUGGCUGACAAACCAAGUAAAAGGAGUAGUGAUGGAAAAAGUAAAAAGGUUAAAAAUAGUUCUCCUGAGAAGCACAUUCUGGAGAAUAAGAUAGAUGCAACAAAAAUACAUGUUCCCAUGGAAACCACAGGGGACCAGGGAAUUGAAGGAAUGGCCUAUAUGGACGAAAAUAGAAAUAUUACAUUUACCUGUCCCAGAACACCAUCAGAGCUGAUAAAUAAAUCAUCUCCUCUAGAGGUUCUGGAAUCAGCAGCCUGUGAAAAACUGCCCACUCCUACUCCUCAAGUAGUAAAGGAAGGUGAUUCCUUUCCAGAUACCUUGGCAAAAAAUGGGCAAGAGAUAGCCCCAGCCCAGAUUUCCAAAUCAUUAAUGGUAGAUAACUACACCAAAGAUGGAGUCCCAGGUCAAGAAAGACCCAAGGGUCCCUCUGCUGUUGUGCCCUCUACAAGCACAGGAGGAGUUGCUCUACCUAUUACAGCAGCCAUAGAAACAGUUAACAUUCAUGGAGAUCACUCUCUUAAGAAUAAAGCUGAGCUUGCUGAUUCCAUGAAAAAUGAAGCAGGGAUCGAUGAAGGGCAUGUGAUAGGAGAAUCUGAGUCAGUGCACAAUGGUGCGUCUAAGCAUUCAGUAGAGAAAGUCACAGAGCUAGCAAAAGGUCACCUCCUUCCUGGAGUGCCAGUAGAAGACCAGAGCCUACCAGGAGAGGCCAGAGCCCUAGAAGGAUAUGCAGAUAGAGGUAAUUUCCCAGCACAUCCAGUGAACGAAGAGAAAGAGACUAAAGAAGGGUCUGUUCCAGUUCAGAUUCCUGACUUACUGGAAGACAAAGCACAAAAGCUCAGUUUUUGUGAGGACCAAAAUGCUCAAGAUAGAAAUUCCAAAGGUUCAGAUAGUUUGAAUAAGAAGGUAGAUCUGACUCUUUUGUCUCCAAAAAGUGAAAAUGAUAAAUUGAAAGAAAUUAGUCUGGCUUGUAAAAUCACGGAAUUGGAAAGUGUUUCCUUGCCAACACCAGAAAUCCAGUCAGAUUUCUUACAUAGCAAAGUCGAAGCUCCUCCUUCAGAGGUGGCGGAUACGUUAGUAAUAAUGACUGCUUCUAAGGGUGUUCGACUCCCAGAACACAAAGAUAAGAUUUUGGAGACACCUCAGAAAAUGACAGAAAAAUCUGAAUCAAAGACACCAGGAGAAGGGAAAAAGGAAGAUAAAAGCAGAAUGGCAGAACCAAUGAAAGGCUACAUGAGACCCACCAAGUCCCGAGGACUUACUCCACUUUUGCCAAAGUCUACAAUCCAGGAACAAGAGAGACAUAAGCAACUGAAGUCCGCUGGAAUAGCCAGGCCAGAAGAAGGAAGGCCUGUGGUGAGUGGGACCGGAAAUGACAUCACCACCCCACCGAACAAGGAGCUCCCACCAAGCCCAGAGAAGAAAACAAAGCCUUUGGCCACCACUCAACCUGCAAAGACUUCAACAUCGAAAGCCAAAACACAGCCCACUUCUCUCCCUAAGCAGCCAGCUCCCACCACCAUUGGUGGGUUGAAUAAAAAACCCAUGAGCCUUGCUUCAGGCUUAGUACCAGCUGCCCCACCCAAACGCCCUGCCGUCGCCUCUGCCAGGCCUUCCAUCUUACCUUCAAAAGACGUGAAGCCAAAGCCCAUUGCAGAUGCAAAGGCUCCUGAGAAGCGGGCCUCACCAUCCAAGCCAGCUUCUGCCCCGGCCUCCAGAUCUGGGUCCAAGAGCACUCAGACUGUUGCAAAAACCACAACAGCUGCCGCUGUUGCCUCAACUGGCCCAAGCAGUAGGAGCCCCUCCACGCUCCUGCCCAAGAAGCCCACUGCCAUUAAGACUGAGGGAAAACCUGCAGAAGUCAAGAAGAUGACUGCAAAGUCUGUUCCAGCUGACUUGAGUCGCCCAAAGAGCACCUCCACCAGUUCCAUGAAGAAAACCACCACUCUCAGUGGGACAGCCCCCGCUGCAGGGGUGGUUCCCACCCGAGUCAAGGCCACACCCAUGCCCUCCCGGCCCUCCACAACUCCUUCCAUAGACAAGAAGCUCACCUCGGCCAAACCCAGCUCCACCACCCCCAGGCUCAGCCGCCUGGCCACCAAUGCUUCUGCUCCUGAUCUGAAGAAUGUCCGCUCCAAGGUUGGCUCCACGGAAAACAUCAAGCAUCAGCCUGGAGGAGGCCGGGCCAAAGUAGAGAAAAAAACAGAGGCAGCUGCUACAACCCGAAAGCCUGAAUCUAAUGCAGUCACUAAAACAGCCGGCCCAAUUGCAAGUGCACAGAAACAACCUGCGGGGAAAGUCCAGAUAGUCUCCAAAAAAGUGAGCUACAGCCAUAUUCAGUCCAAGUGUGGUUCCAAGGACAAUAUUAAGCAUGUCCCUGGAGGUGGUAAUGUUCAGAUUCAGAACAAGAAAGUGGACAUCUCUAAGGUCUCCUCCAAGUGUGGGUCUAAGGCUAACAUCAAGCACAAGCCUGGUGGAGGAGAUGUCAAGAUUGAAAGUCAGAAGUUGAACUUCAAGGAGAAGGCCCAGGCCAAGGUGGGAUCCCUCGAUAAUGUGGGCCACCUACCUGCAGGAGGUGCCGUGAAGACUGAGGGCGGUGGCAGCGAGGCUCCUCUGUGUCCGGGUCCCCCUGCUGGGGAGGAGCCGGCCAUCUCUGAGGCAGCGCCUGAAGCUGGCGCCCCCACUUCAGCCAGUGGCCUCAAUGGCCACCCCACCCUGUCAGGGGGUGGUGACCAAAGGGAGGCCCAGACCUUGGACAGCCAGAUCCAGGAGACAAGCAUCUAAUGAUGACAUUCUGGUCUCGUCUUCCGUCUCCCCCGUGUUCCCCUCUUGUCUCCCCUGUUCCCCUCUCCCUUCCCUCCUCCCAUGUCACUGCAGAUUGAGACCUACAGGCUGACGUUCCGGGCAAAUGCCAGGGCCCGCACCGACCACGGGGCCGACAUUGUCUCCCGCCCCCCACACUUCCCUGGCGGCCCCAACUCGGGCUCCCGGGUCCUUGGCCCCCUUUCCCGGGCUGUCCACUAGACCAGUGAGCGCUUGGGCGCCGUGCUGGGCAGCCCGCUAGGCUCGCCUUCCCUCCUGCUUUGCGUGUCCGGGGCAGCAGCAGCCCUGCCCCACACCUCCUCUCACUCCCCAGCCUGGGCCCAUCUCCCUGCUUUGGUCUUGCCCCAUCACUGCGCCACUGCUCCGUGGAGGAGGUUGGGAGGGGGUUGGGGUGGUUGAGGCUAAGUUGGGAUCUAGGAGAGGAGAACCAGAUUCUAUCCUCUUCUUUUUUUGGUUCUUUGGUCCAAACCCAAAAGAAACUGACAUGCCCUCCCUCCUCCCUGGAUCUACCUGGAGGGAAGAGUGGAGGUGGAUUCCGAGUGGUGACAGGACGCUGACCGUGGAGCUUAAGCCACUGCCUCUCCCUCUGGUCCCACAAAUGGGCGCCCCCCCCCCCCCCCCCAUGCAGGUGGUGUCGGGCCCUUCUUGCUGCCCUGCCCCAAGUUGGGGGUCAGUGCUGCCUGUCCCCAUGCUUAACAUACCCGCCUAGCUGCUGUCACAUUUUUCUUGUUUUGUCCUUUUAUUUUUUUCUAAUAACCUAAAAACUGGCGAAAUAGUUCUGCAGGUUGAAGCCAUGUCUACAUGAAAGUCCUCAGUAAGUGUUAGAGGGAACAGGGCGGAGAUAUCCUUAUGCCACCCCCGCUGAAGGAUGUGGGCAGCUUAGGGCCCUGGAGGCGGUGCGGCAGGGAAGAGGGGUGCAGAGGCUGUGGCUGGUGAGCCGGUCAGGCACACAAGGGGCUCUUGGAGCGUGGACUGGUUGGUUUUGCCAUUUUGUUGUAUGCUGCUUUUCUUUUCUAACCAAGAGGCUGGUUUUGGCAUCUCUAUCCCAUUCCCUGGGAUCUGGUGGUCAGCCCUAGGAUAAAAAGCCAGGGCUGGAGAACAAGAAAGGGCCAGGAGAUGGAAUUCCUUCAGGCCGGCACCCGCACCCUAGGACAUGUAAGCCCUCAUGUCCAAGGGAGCCUCAUGCAGAUAGUAGGAAAUCAGGUCUGGAAAUUUAAAAAUAAAAGGCAUGAGACUAAGGCUAUCUGCUUCCCUUAUGCCCUGACUGGAGAGGGGAGGGAGGAGAGGCAAGGCCCACAGAGGGCAUCCCAGCUAGGCCUUGGGAUGGCUGCAGUGAGGAGAAAUCCCGGGAACUGUAUUGACACAAAGAUUCUUAUUGCACUUGUAUUUUUUGUAUUAAAGUUUGCAUGGUUUCUAAUAAAGGAUUCAAACAUAAGUUUGUAGUGAAAUGGCCUGGGAGAUUCCAAGGGCUUCUCUGGAGGGGGAUUGGCUGCAGUGUAGAUUUGCCUCUGAGGAGGCUGCCCCAGACUUGGCCUCCUCAGGCCCCCUCCUGACCUCUGCCCUUCUCUGGUCCUGGCAUCCCUGGAGAAGGUAGGGGUCUUGACCUAGGUUUAGAUUUGAUCUCCAUGUGCAGGGAGGCUGUCCUGGGCCUGACAGGUCCUCCCCCUUUCUGAGGUAGCAGUGCCUUGUGGAAGUUUGACACCAUGUCCCUAGCUCCCCAAGCACACACCAGGAAACUGCAGGGGCUCACGGAGGAAGUGCUGCCUGGGCCAGGGGGACCAGCUUUCCUCCGUAGAGACCAUGUGCAGAACACUUCUGCUGUGCCCAGAACAUGAGGGAGCCAGUGUUUUGUCAGCAGGAAGAAAGGGCCUGCUGGGAUGAAAGUGGGAAGGAAACAGGGUUGAGUAGUCAGGAGACACCCCAGGGGCAACAGCACAGGCCCAGAGUACCUGCUGCCUCCACUGCGUCUGUCCUUGGGUCAUGAGGAUGCUGAGGUUGAUGACAGGUUCCAGGUCCUUUCACUCCUUUGGCCAAAGGUUGGGGGUAGGUGGCCCAAGUGGCGUGCUCUCUAGGUAGACAACAGGAGUGGUCAGAGUUCCCUCAAAGGAUCCUCCACUCCAGAGCACCUGAGAAGGCCGGGACCAGAGGCCCUGUGUGAUGUGUACUCCGCAGCUGUUUGUUUGGGGUGGGACAUUUCUGUACUUCUCGAUUUGCUUAUGGCUCAGCCAUUACCUGUGUCAGUCCAUGAUUCUGUUGUAACAGUUUUAAGAGUAAAUAAAGCUGCCUGAUGUCCCAUCA